AUGGAGUUCAGACCUCGUGAUUACAUAACUGAGAAUGAAUCUCACGCGCUUCCUCGCGCACGCGCCGAUGCUCAUCCUCUAUCUUCUCCACUUUCACAUCUCACACAGGUUAACGAUGAUGUGGUUGGUGGGAAUGCUGAUUUCUAUGAUCCACUGAGAGGAGGAAUUGAUAAUGAUGCAAAGUCUACCCCUCCUGAACCUGUCAAUUUGAGUGAAACUUCUGGUGAUCAGCCAAUAAAGGAGUGGACCUCUUUCAGGAGACUACUUAUGCAGAGGUUUCCUGUUUCAAAAAUGGUCUCCCUUUCUUCAAUGCCCGAUGUUUUAAUGAGAAGUGGAAAAUCACACGACAAAUCUGCAACAAGUAUGCACUUGGAGGAACUAGAUGAUCCUAAAAAAUUUGCAGACGAGGGUGUCAAGGUGAUUACUUGGCAGGAGUAUGUUUCUAGACUACACGAGCUGAAAGAUGAAAUUACCCGUUCUUGGCUCGCUGAUAACCGUGUAACAUCCUUAAAGUUAUCUAUAAAGGUUGCUAAGCUUAUGGUGGAUACAUCAGUAUCUGAGUUUUAUCCCACUCUAUUUGUCCUUGUCACAGAUAUCAUGGACAUGCUUGGGGACCUGGUUUGGAAACGCAUAAAGCAGAAAGCAGAAUUUACUGAAGACGGAGCUUUACUCUGCAACUUGGCAGAAAACUUUGAAGCCAGUGAUAUCUGUGCGGAUGCCAAAGAAACUUGCUAUAACUGGUUCAGCAAAAUUGGUGCUGUGCAAGAUCUUCUUCCACGCAUUUACUUGGAGCUGGCAAUAUUGCCUUGCCGGCGUUUUCUUCUCGACCAGCCUACAGACAGUCUCCAACGCUUAGUGAUGAUGACAAGAGGAUUAGGAGAUCCCGUGGCAUCUGCAUAUUGCCGUCUAUAUAUGGCUCAUUGUGCUCAGAAGCUGCCAUCACAUGACAUAGGCUAUCUUGUUACUUGUGUUAAUGAUCUCAAAGUUAUUUUGACACAAACCUUAGCUACCAAUGAAAGAAAUCUGGGAAAUUUCCAAAAUAACAAAAAAUUGCAAAUCAGUCUGAUGGAACCAACCAUUGAGUACAUUAUGAAGUGUAUAUUUAUUGGAUUAUCUCAGAGACGAGUCAAUGAAGUUCUACCAGAGCUUGGAUUAAUGAAGAAUCAACAAAAUUUUGGGACUGUUUCAUGUGUUUCGCUGGUUCUUCAUCAUUUAUUGAAGGAACUCCCUAUUGAAGUAGUCAGUUCAAAUGUUGUGCAUAUCCUUCAUCUCAUUGAAUUUAACAAUGAUAAUUCCUUUCAUCAGCACCUGAAUUACAGAUUGCUUGGGUUCAGGCUGUAUGAAGGGAAGUGCCCAGUUGACAUUGUUAAUGCUGUGUUAGAUAAAGUUAUGCAGGUUAUUGCGACGUACAAGAGUCUUGAUGAGUACCUGAAAGUCAUAGAUGCUUAUGCCGAUCUUAUACUUCAGAAUCACAUGGAUAAUCAUUUGGACAUCAUUUUGAGAGGCAUUUCAGAGCGUGCUUUGAAUGGAGGAGUUACAAUAGAUGAAAUGUCAAGCUUGCAAUCUCUUUUGGUGAAGUUUCUGUCUCAUUUUGAGUGUUUGGAAGAUGUGUUUUGUCUGAAUCAUUUUCCUGAAAUCUUGGAUAUAUUGCAUGGGAAAUCUCAGGAUGUUGUCUUUUUGCACAUCCUUAAUAUGGCGACAAGCAGGAGUGGCCGUAUUAGGGAUCCGACAAGAAUACAGUUGCUUUUUGAAAUUUCUCGGACUCUACAUGAUAAUAUGGAAUUUAUAAAUGCCAAGAAUGAUGAUAGCCAAGUGACACGUUCAGUAUCUCGCUUUGUGUACAUGGUUGAUUAUGGAGCAGUGAUGGAACACCAUUUAGCAUUUCUGGUUGAUUGCCGAGCAUCUUUUGGCAGAUUCAAUGAGCUUAAGGAAACUCUCGUUCACUCCAGCAAUUCUUUAGCAAUUCAGUCUUUGCAAUGUGCUAAGAAAGAUUUGAGUUUUUUCAAGUCAUGUGUCACAUUUAGCGAAGUCACAAUACCUUCUAUCUCUGGUCAGAGACAAUUUGAUCUUUUUCUAGAGACUGCAGAGGUAGCAUUCUUAGGGGGAUUGGUUUCUCAUGUAGAUGGAUUAAUUGAUUCAGGAAUCAGGUGUUUGCAUAUCUUGGACAGAGUUGAUGGCUUUCGGACUUCAGCUGAUAUUGAAGGACUAGUUUCAUCUAUUAGAAAGCUGUGUGGCUUCUUAAUUAUGGUCCCAGGUAAUAUUAGUCUACCGGUUACCUAUUUCCCAAAUAACUUAUUUUCAUUGAUCAGCUCCCAAUCAUGGUUUGACCCAAAAAUGAAGACACAGAUUUUUUCUGCUAUCAUAUUAUUAUUGACAACUUUAUCGCAAAAGACUCUGCCAUAUCAUGCAAAUAAACAGAUGCCUGGCAAUGACAUGUUAUAUUAUGGGGAUUCAUCUUACAAGCAAGAACUCGAGUCUUUGUCUAAGGUUGUUCUUGAGAACCUACUUUGUGCCGUUCAACAAGAACCUUCCCAGGCUGCUCGAGGAAGUAUGGCACUCGAAGCUUGCAAUUGCAUUGCAUCAUCUUUCAUGCAAAGCAAUGAAUUGUCCUCUAUUUGCCAUACACUGAUUGGAACAGCAAAGUCAUGUUUGAGUGUCCAAGACAGAUGCCUCCAGUCAACCAUUCGACUUAUAAACAACCAAUUGCCAACUUUGGCAGGGGCCGUGGUGUGA